GUCGGAUUACUCCCUCACAGUAGCAGCCAGCUCUCUCCUCCUCCUCCUCUCCGUCCGACAAUGCGGGCACCAACUAAGGAUUUAUAAUUUCUUCGUCGCGCGCCGUGCACCGUGUAUCCUCCUCUUCUUCAUCCUCGGACUGAUCCUGUGAUGUCGCCUCGUCCACAGAUCUGAGACAUCGAAGAUCACCUGCAGCUCCGCCCUCAGCCCUCCGACCUCUCACAGCUCCGGGGCUCUCUCCACGUGUUCCUCUCCGGGUUCUGCAUAAAGGUUCUCUGUGGUGUUCUGGAAAGCUCCAUACGCCUCGGGGGCCUCGGACCUUCAUGCGUCUCCCAGCAGCAGAGUCCACCCACACCUCCACCCACCACACCACCACCACCACCACCACCACCAUGAGCUCUGAGCAGGAGUUUGGAGACGGAGCCAUGGGAGUCACGCUCACACUGCGCCUCCUCAUGCACGGAAAGGAAGUUGGAAGUAUCAUCGGCAAGAAAGGAGAAACGGUGAAGAGAAUACGAGAAGAGAGCAGCGCGAGGAUCAACAUCUCAGAGGGCUCCUGUCCAGAGAGGAUCAUCACCAUCACGGGGCAGACAGACUGCGUGUUCAGAGCCUUCACCAUGAUCACGUUCAAACUGGAGGAGGAUCUCUCAGCUCUGGUGGCUAACGGCACAGUGACCAGUAAGCCUCCCGUCACCCUGCGGCUCGUCAUCCCGGCCAGCCAGUGCGGCUCGCUCAUCGGCAAGGGCGGCUCCAAGAUCAAAGAGAUCCGAGAGACGACAGGUGCCCAGGUGCAGGUGGCAGGUGACCUCCUCCCUAACUCCACAGAGAGAGAGGUGACGAUAUCGGGGAGCCAGGACGCCAUUAUCCAGUGUGUUAAACUCAUCUGCACCGUAAUCCUCGAGUCUCCGCCGAAGGGAGCAACUAUUCCAUACCGACCAAGUCCGGCCCCGGGCACUGUACUGCUGGCAGGGAACCAGGUGUUCGAGGCAUCGGACUUCGGCUCCCACCCUCUGUUCUCGGUGGCACAGGGAGGAGUGGACAUGCAGCAAACAUACGCAGUACAGAGUCACUACGGCAUUCCACAUUCAGAGUUGGCAAAGCUGCACCAGUUGUCGAUGCAGCAGCAGGGCCUGGCCCCCAUCAGCCAGUCAGCUACACAAUUACUACCUGGAGGGAUGGACGGUAACUCCCAGACGACGUCUCAGGAGCUUCUCAUUCCUAACGAUCCAUCACAGGCAGUAGCUCACCCUGUCAGUGUGCAGAAGAAACCUCCUUCUGUGGUGACGACCUGUCAAUCACAGGUAGCCCCGCCCUAA